GCUGUGGAUCUUCUUCUGGUGAGAAUGCAGGGGGCUGGCGGCAGGCAGGGCUUGGGGUCUGGACUCCAGGUUGUCAAGCAUACAGAGUGACAGUGUCUGGAGUGCCUCUGCAGGUGGCAGGGAUCUGAGAGGACUCCUUUCUUCCUGCUCCUUUAACCAGCCAUCGUCUGGUGUGGGCUGUGGCUUCCUUGCAGAACGAACCUUCACCAGCCUCUGAACUGUGACCAUACACACACCUGUGCCUUCUUCCCUGCUGGGACCCUUCCUCUGCGGCCAUGGUCUGGAGGACCCUAGGCGCAAGCAACUUUUCCAUCUGCCCCAACGGCUCCAUCCAGUGGAUCUGGGAUGUGUUUGGUGAAUGUGCUCAGGAUGGCUGGGAUGAGGCCAGCGUGGGCCUGGGUUUGGUCUCCAUCCUCUGCUUUGCUGCAUCAACCUUCCCCCAGUACAUCAAGGCCUGCAAGACAGGGAACAUGGACCAGGCCCUGUCACUGUGGUUCCUCCUGGGCUGGAUCGGUGGAGAUUCCUGCAACCUCAUUGGCUCCUUCCUGGCAGACCAGCUACCCCUGCAGACCUACACGGCUGUGUACUACGUCUUGGCUGACCUCAUGAUGCUGACCCUGUACUUCCAUUACAAGUUCAAGAACCGGCCUUCUCCGUUGUCUGCCCCUAUCAAUUCUGUGCUCCUCUUCAUCUUGGGGACAGUGUGUAUCACACCACUGUUAAGCAUCACUGAUCCUGUGGCUGUCCCCAGGGAAAGCUUCCGGGGACGGAUGCUCUUGUCUUUGGAGCCAGGCAAUAAGCCCUUCACAAAGAAGGAGGUCAUCGGCUUUGUCAUCGGCUCCAUCUCCAGUGUGCUGUACCUGCUCUCCAGGCUGCCUCAGAUCCGCACCAAUUUCCUACGGCAGUCCACCCAAGGCAUUUCCUACUCACUGUUCGCGCUGGUGAUGUUGGGGAACACGUUGUAUGGGCUGAGCGUGCUGCUCAAGAACCCUGAGGUGGGCCAGAGCGAGGGCAGCUACCUGCUGCACCACCUGCCCUGGCUCGUGGGCAGCCUGGGUGUGCUGCUGCUUGACACCAUUAUCUCCGUCCAGUUCCUGGUGUACAGGAACCGCUCCGCUGCUACCGCCUCAGAGCAAGAGCCUCUCCUCCCAAGCUGACCUGUGCCCUGGAUGACGGGAACCUCGGCUGCCAUCCCAGGAAGAGCAAAGCGUGGGCAGUGACACUGCAGCCUCUGGACUGGGCCUAGGAGGCGGCUUGAGGGAGGCCUAGGAAUCUGGGCCUGGUUGCCUCCCGUCCAUGCUUGGACCUAGGACAGGUCUGGAGUUGGAUCAUGCUAUGCCGGGAUAUUACCUCUCAGGUAUAAGACAGCUGCUCGAGGAGCCUGUAGGGGACCCAUAGCUGAGACUGCAGAAGAUGGUGUGGCCACCUCCCAUCCACCUACCUCAAUCUGCCUGUGCACCCCAGGCUACAUCCUAUCCAGGGGACCCAGGGUUGUCCCUCUGACUGGACACAACCUAGUAAACAUACCUUCCAGCUGGGCCCGUUUCUGCUGCUCCUUCCCAUGACACUUGGGGUCUGGGCAGGGACCCAGGGUAAGUUCAUACUGACGGGGGAACCAUGUCCAGUAUCCAUGGGCCCUUGGCUUUUGAACUUUUUAUCUCUCUGCCCUACUCUAGUGGCGUGACAUGGCAGUAAUGGGGACACCUCAAUGGGCUCCUGAGGCUCGGGAAGAGGCAGAUAACCAGGUGGGGUUUGGUUGGACAUCCCCAGAGGCUUGGCGUGACCAUGCUACUGCUCCGGCAUUCUCUCCGGGGCUACAUAGGGUGGGGUGGUCUGCCCAAAGCGAGGCACGUGGUCAGACGUCUCCUCGGGUAGUCUGAACUCAGCGAAGGUCACCUUGGAGGUAAAGAAGAGGGACAAACUGGUGCUUUCCUGAAGAAGGUGGUGACCAGAAGCGCGGGUGGAAGAGGAGAAGAGUGGGAGGCAGGGCACAGAAGUGACAAGGCCGAAAGGAAGGGAGAAAGAGUGGUUGGUUCCAGCUCACUUUGUUCCACGUUCCUGUGGGCCUCCACCUUUUGGUGACUGGGGGCAGAGAACUAGCUGCCUUUCCUGUUAGCACAUACAUUAUUUUAGGUCCAAAAAAGCCAGAUGCAUGGCCAGGGGCCACCUGACAGACAGAUAGACUGCCACCUCUGAGUGCUCUUUUAGCUUCUCUGUCCACAGCUGCAGAAAAGAGAGGGUCGUGGCAUAGACCCAGGCAAAGCACUGCUGGCUUCAGGUGCUCUUUGCAUCCUGGGACCUGGCUCUAUGUUACUUUCCUAGGGCUGCAUGGCACCUUUCCAAGUUGGGAGAUCUGGGGCCUCGGUUGGCACAUGACCUCAGGCACAGGCCUGAACUGAAGCUGCGUGGGCAGAAGAUGAAAUGACAGUCUUGCCCGAGAAGCCCUCCUGUCUCUCCAGCAGGGGUGACAUCCCUUCGUGUGUGUGUGGGGGGGGGAGUAAGGGGGUGAUGUGCUUUGCCUGUGGCAAAGCCUGGCUGACAAAGGAGGUGUUGUCUCUACCCAGGGAGUCAGACUGCACCUAUCUAACCCUGAUUCCUCCUCUGUUUUGGAGGCCUGCUCCAGUGCUCCAUGGCGGGGUCAGAGUCUGGCGCUCGCACAGCCUGGUUAUGUUCACCAGGUCUGUCCCUGGUGAGUGGUCCAGGGACUUAAGGAUCUCAAGCCUGCAUCAGCCACUGGUGAGCCUUGUGACUUGGGCCAACUCCCUCAGCCUGUUCUUUCCCAUGACACCAAAAGUGGGGCUAGUGACUUUUGAGGGAGUUUAGCCAUCUCCCAUCUCAGGCUCCUGGGGGCAGCCAGUUUAAUUAACAGGACCCUGUUGUGAUAAGACCCCAGCUGCCUUUCCCUUGGGGAAAUUUUGUGCGGGCUUUGGUGAAGGAUGAACGUGUGUACAAUGGUAGCUCUCUCUAAACAAAAUAAUUCUUUGGGAGAAAAACCAAACCACCACCCUGGGACCAUGUGAGAACUCGGCCUCCUCCCACACAAGUUAGCACCAGGCUCUAGAAAAUGUAGAUAAGUAACAUCCCCUCUAUAGGUGACAAUCAAGACCUGUAAAUUCCUAAGGUCUGCUCAGGCUCACGGUAAUGCCCAUCUGGCCUCCUCUUUGCUCACUUUUAAGCUUUAAUCAAAUAAACCAAGCCACACAAGAAACUACAAUAUUCUGUAACAGAGAGUCUGAUUCCACCAAGAAAGUCCUUUUCUCAAGGUCAGGCAUUUAGACAAGUCCCCAGUUCCUUCCCGCUUGCUAAAAAGGGAGACAAAUUCUUCCCUUUGGCAAGAGGAACUUGUGGCCCUUCCAUUAACAUAUGACUGGCACCUAUUGCCAACGCCAGUGCUUCCUGAACCCCCAUCUCAAGCCACACGCCAGCUCACGUGCCUCCUUUUCCCCAUUUAAUUCUAUGUGCAACUAGCAUUUAAAAGAUGUGGGUUUUUUUUUUCCAAUAAACUCGAGGGCAGCCAACCCAAUUCACCCUCAUAUGGUGUCCAUCUCCCCCUUUCCCCUUGCCACCGACUCCACGCAUCCUCUCUGGAACCUGAACAGCACCACCCCCGCCACCCCACCCCAGCCCUACUCCCUUCCCGGAGGAAGCAGGUCUCCGGUAUAUCUUUAACUAUUGUGAGACCAGCCUAGGCUACACUGGACCCUGUCUUAAAGACAACAGAAACCUAGAAAUAGCAAGUGCAAAUAAGGCACCAGAGCAUAGCAAUUUAAAUAGAUUCCAGAGUUUUGUGAGUUUAUAUAGUCUGAAUUUCAUGCUUUUAAAAGAAUUUACCGAAACUAAGCUUGGUCAGGCAGCAGAAACGACUCAGUUAUUAAGAGCACAUCCUGUUCUUGCAGACCUGCAUUCUGAUUCCCAGCCCCCACAGCAGGCAGCUCACAACUGCCUGUAACUCCAGCACCAGGGGAUCUGAUACUCCUCGGCCCCACUCCCAAGUACUAAAUAAAAUUUUUAUUUAUUUUUUAUUAUUUAUUUGUUUGAUUUACUUAUUUGG